AAACGCACACAGACACUCACUCACCAACACACAUUAAAACCCAAGCACUUUCAAGAGGUCAAGGAAGUUUGCACGAACUCUUUUACUCGGGACCAAGACUUCUGAGACACACUGCUGGCAGGAGGGAUGUCUGUGUCUCUGUGGUGUGAGGAAGUAGAGGGCCAGGACAGGACUCAGUCUCCGGUCCGAGCCCCAUGGGACCCCAGCGCCUCCGGACUGAGGGUUAUUCAGAGACUUCUGCAGUCAGAGGAGAGAUACCUGCCGUCUCCUCUCUACAUCUCUCUCAUCCAGAGAGAACCACAGCGCAGAGAGGAACUGGCCAAGUGGACUAUGGAGGUGUGCAGUGAAUGUGACUGUGAUGAGUCUGUAUUUCCCCUGGCUGUCUCUCUUCUGGAUCGAUAUCUGUCGUCCACUCUAUCCCUGCCUGUGUCUCCCUCCUGUCUGGCUGCAGCUUGUGUCCUGGUGGCCUCAAAACUGACCGAAACUGACACAGUUAGUGCAGAUACUCUCUGUGCGGCAGCAGAGUACCACUUUCUCUCAUCAAACCUGCGGGAAAUGGAGCGUGUGGUGCUGGCGACUCUGAGGUGGGAUGUGGCAGCAGUGACCCCUCAGGACUUUAUCCCACACUUCCUGCGCACUCUUGGGGAACUCAGGGAUGGGGACGUGCGCACAGGAGACUUCGUCGCAACGCUGCGGCGCCACAGCGAUACACUUGUCGCCUUGUGUGUGUGUGACUCGCGCUUUCUGGGAACUCCUCCAUCACUGGUGGCAGCGGCUGCACUGAACUCUGCCCUGCGGGGUCUGAGGACCAAGAGUGCGGGAGAGAUGAGUGUCAUGACCUCUGCCCUGGCCACACUCUGUCAGACUGAUGUGGUGCUGCUGCAGUGCUGCACUGAGCAGAUAGAGGGCGCUCUCCGCGAGAGACUGAGGAGCGGAGCACAGCAGGAGAAAGACGAGGAUGAGGAUGAGGAUGAUGAAGAGGAAAGAGCCAGCACACCCACAGACCUAAGAGAAAUAGACUUUUAAUACAGGGUUAAUUAAUUCAUGAGGGAUAUUUAUCGCGUCUCACUUUUAUUUAUCAGUAAAACUGAUUUAAACACAAUGUGACAUUUAUGUUUUUGUCUUAUGUAACUUCUGAAGUGAUCUAAUUUAUAAUAAUUUGUAUUUAUUUGUUUGAGGGAUUACGAUUUACGUGUGCCAUAUUUAUUAACUUCUGUUGCCAUAACUGUAAUUGUGACUUUUUAUGCUUUUCAGGUUUACCCUUUUGAAUUUAUGUAUUACAUUUCUACGUUUUGUAUUAUCGUGUUAUUUAUUGUGUGUGUGCACAUUUUUAUAUUUAAUUUAUUUUGUUUGUCAGUGUUUCAGCCUGUUUGUAAUCAAAGUGUUGGAUAAAAACGAAUAUCUAUUUUUAGAGGUAAUUAAAAUAAAGUGUCUAUGUUUGCCAACA